CGAGUGAACAACUCCGACUUCUCACAUCAUCAAAGUGAAUUUGAAACAUUAAAUGCGAUGAAAAAGCAAAAAAAAAAGAGUUAAAUAAAGAAGUGAAUCAUAUUCAGGCAUAUUAUGGGAUGGUUGAAAAAUGAAAACGCACAAAUAAAAGUGAAAACAUAAGAAAUAUGCAAAGACUUGUUUCCGACAUAAUCGUCAUCGACAAUGCCAAUCGAUAUUUCAACUUGGACUUUACUGGAUUAUCCAGAGAUGCAACGAAGAAGAAGAAAAUUUCAUUGAGAAGAACAACCUUGGAAGGUUUGUGUCCACCAAGAGAACCGCCACAAUGUGUUCCAGCAACUCAAAGAUAUCGAACGCAUGAUGGAACUUGCAACAACUUCAGAAGAUCACGAUGGGGAUCCGCACAGUUGCCUUUCCAUCGAUUCAUAUCACCAGAAUAUUCCGAUGGAUUGGAAAGUGUGAGAAAUUCAGUGACUGGCGUUCCACUGCCAUCAGCAAGAUUUGUUAGUCUUGUUGUUCAUGGAUAUCGCGAUGAAGAAGCGCCAAUAACAAUGCUUCUUCCACAAUGGGGUCAACUUAUCGAUCAUGACAUUACUGCGACACUUCAACCACGCUCAAUUAAUGGAACAAUUCCAAGAUGUUGUCAAUCAUCAAGUCUUCAUCCAUCCUGUAUGCCAAUUAAAGUGCCGAGAGACGAUCCCUUCCUAGGAUCGUUAGGUGUUCGUUGCUUGGAAUUUCUGCGUUCAGCACCAGCUCAAAGACGCAAUUGCUUCUUAUCAUGGCGAGAACAAACCAAUCAAGUGACUUCAUAUAUUGAUGGAUCUGCAGUUUAUUCAAGUAAUCCAAGAACAGCUGAUAGUUCAAGAAUGCAACGUGAUGGAUUACUUUUGCUUGGCCGUGGUCCACAAAGGGAAGACGCUUGUUUGAGAGGUGGCUUUGGACAUCAGUGCAUAAGAGCUGGCGAUUCUAGAGCAGGAGAACAACCAGGCCUACUCGCAUUACAUACUGUUUUUGUUGCCGAACAUAAUCGAAUAAGUCUUGAAUUAUCUGACCUAAAUCCGCAUUGGAGCGAUGAGAAAUUGUAUCAAGAGACACGACGCAUUAUUGGCGCAAUAUUUCAACACAUAACAUAUCGUGAAUUUCUUCCACUUGUGCUUGGUAAAGAUGUUUGUCGGUUGUUUGAUUUGGAAUUGUUACCUUCCGGUUAUUAUAAAGGAUACGAUCCAAAAGUGAAUCCAACUGUGGCAAAUGCUUUCUCAGCCGCUGCUUUUCGUUUUGGUCACGCACUCGUUCAAGGAUCAAUCAUGAGAAGUGACGUAAGUUAUCGAUUCAUCGACAACAAUGUCACCCUUCACGAUGAGAAUUCACGUGGUGACAUUGGUGGGAUUGGAUCGCUUCAUCGAAUUAUUCGAGGAAUGGCAACGCAACGAACACUCAAGCGUGAUGAAUUUAUGAGUCCCGAGUUAACAAAUCAUCUCUUUCAAUCCGAUUCAUUUCCAUUUGGAAUGGAUUUAGCUGCGAUUAACAUUCAGCGUGGUCGUGAUCAUGGACUUCCAGCUUAUGUUGAAUGGAGACAUCCAUGCGGUUUAACAGAAAUUAAGUCGUGGGAAGAUUUAGAAACUGUUGCUGGUCCAAAAUCAGCUGAGAGAAUGCGGAGAGCUUAUGACGAUGUCGCUGACAUUGAUUUAUUUGUUGGUGGAAUAAGUGAAAGACCAGUUGUUGGUGGAUUAGUGGGACCGACAUUUGCAUGCAUUAUCGCUCAACAGUUUAGUAACUUAAGACGUGGUGAUCGAUUCUGGUAUGAAAAUUCAGGCUUCGAAUCUUCUUUCACACCGGCCCAACUUUCUUCCAUCCGUCAAGUGACGUUGUCGCAAAUUCUUUGUCGAAGUCUUGGCAGUUCAAACUUCAUGCAACCUCACGCAUUUAUUCCAGCAGAUUUCACAAGGAAUGAACGAUUAAGAUGCGGCACUGGAAUACUUGCACCAAUAGACCUCUUUCCUUGGGCUGAACGGGACAAUUUGAACAAGGAAGGGGGUUUUCCAACGAUUUCUCUCAUUCCCAACAAUCAUGACAUAUUUAUGAGUGUUGGAACAGGAGUUUUCUCAUCAAGACCUGAAACAACGUCAAGCAUUUCCAAUAACAUUGACUUUAUAACGAAAGUUCCUACAAAACGACCAUCUUUUGACCAUACUUCAACGACUGUUAGUAACAAACUUGACUUGCCAAAAACGACACGACCAAGAAGAAAACGCACAACAACAACAACAACACGACGAACGACAACUAAAUUUGUAAACAAUAAACUUGACUUUGACACUAACAAAAAAACUGAAAGUCCCUUCAGUAAGUUGACAAAGGAUUCCGAGAAUUCUUCGAACUCGACUAAAGUGAAAAGAUCGACAGACGUGCAACUUAAAAGACUUGAAGAUUUUAUUGUAAGAAGAAGUGACAUUUUGACUGUUAACGAAUUGAAGAAUAAUUUUAAAAAUCUUGACAACGCUACACGAUACCUGAACAAUAAACCGAUGUCCAAAUCUCCACGAAUUGAAGUUGAAGCUUCGAAAGCUGAAAGUCGAUUAAGUUACGAUGACGUGAAUUUCAAACAGUACUAUGACAAUGACUUUGACUAUGGCGACAAACCUCAACGUCCGACUUAUGACUACAGUUCAAGACCAAACACUUACUUUUCAUUAUAUCCACCAGUUGUGGUAAGCAAACGACCGCUCGCUUAUCAAAAUAAUCGUCCAAGUUAUGAAGGCAAUGACUAUUCAAAUGUUCAUCAACUUCCACGACCGACACACUCGCCGAUCUCAAAUAAACAUUCGACACCUUUCAGCUACGAUACGUACGACAUUCCACAACUUGAAGAUGUAAAUUCAAAUUCAGGUUCGCCACAAAUUAAUUACGACAAUAUGGUGAUUCCACUUUAUGUGUCACCAAACAGACCAAAUCGUCCAACAUAUCAAAGUGGAUACAAACGACCGACCUAUUCACCAACACGACGUGCUGACUUGUCGACGUUUUUAUUCAUUGAAACGACGAGACCAAACUUUAACGGACGACGUACGACUAAAUUUCCUUUAAGUCUUUCUGCUUCUUCUAGAUCUCCUUCGUAUUCUUAUCAUUCUUCUCUUGAUUCUUCUGACACUUCUGACGAUUAUUCUAUUAACAACUCACAUUUCAUUUCACCAUCUAAGUUUAACAAGAUUUCAAUUAAACUUCCUUCACUUUCUCGUGAUAAGCUUAACAAUCCUUUCUCUUCUGAUACUAAAACUUUUUCUGUCUUUUCUUACGAUUCUUCUGAAUCAGAAUUAAAUAAAAUUUCACGACCUCAUGACCUGAAUGAUGACGCUUUGACUAAGAAACAUAAAACUUCUUCUUAUAACGACUAUUCACAGUACAAUGACAAACAAGAAACUUCGACUGCCAAUAAAGUGAAAUAUUUUUAUGUUCAUAAUGUUUUACACGAACAAUUUGAGGGUAAAUCUGAUGAGAGUGGACUUUAUGACCAACAACAGACAAAGCGUUACGCUGAGAAUUACGACAAACAUUUAAGCAGUGACAGGUUGGAUGGUUUGGCUGCAAUGACCAGAACGUUGACACACGCUGACUCAAAUGACAAUAAUAAGAAAAGUAAUGAAACAAUUGACCGACAAACAAAAUUAAGACAAGGGAAAGAAAAUAUUUUUUUAGUACCUUUUAAAGUUCUGACGAAAAUUGAAAGACCUGACAAUUGGGUGACGACUGAAGUAACUGACAAUGACACAAACCUUAAACUUCCGGAAGUUCCGACACUAAAACAAGACGGCAAUAUUGCCAGAGAACUUCCACGACCAAUUUUAAGAAGAAAAGCUUCAAAUAAAAGUUGAAUUCCAGGAAUUUGACGUGAUUUGAAAUAAAUUUUUUAUUUAUUAUCGAAAA